AGAAGAAGAAGAAGAAGAAGAUCCUCCCGUACGUUUAGACGAGAAACGAGAGUGACACGAAGCUAAACUUAACCGAUCUGAAUCUAUUGGCUAUUCUAUUUUUUUUUUUUUUUUUUACGAGAACCUGUGCUUGUCAAUUGUGUGCUGUUGUUUGUACUUCAGCAUGGCGGUCGUCAUCCGUUUACAGGGACUAAGAGUCACAGCAGGUUCUAAGGAUAUUCGCAAGUUCUUCACUGGCCUCAGAAUUCCAGAUGGAGGGGUGCAUAUAAUUGGUGGCGAGCGAGAGGAAGCUUUCAUUAUCUUUGCUUCCGAUGAAGAUGCAAGAAGAGCCAUGACACGGUCUGGAGGUUGCAUUAAGGGUUCGCCAGUUACAUUGCUGCUAAGCAGUAAAACAGAGAUGCAGAACGUGCUUGAAAGAAGUACAGCAAAUGCAGAGCUAGAUCAGAAGAGACACUUUGAGGAGAAUGCAAGACGUACUGCAAGAUCUGCGGACCCUGAGGUGGGCAGGAGAUCAAGUAGCAGAUCUGAUUAUACCCCUCCACCUCAGCACCAGAGGGCCUUAAACACAACUGAUGACUUUGUGUAUGUGUUUCUGAAAGGAAUGCCUUUCUCUGUUACUGAAACGGAAGUCAGUGACUUUUUCAGUGGUUUACUUAUAGAUGAGAUGGUCCUAAUGAAAAAUGUAAAUGGUACAAAAAAUGGGACAGGUUUCGUCAAAUUUGCAACAAGAGAGGAUGCAAUUGAAGCCCUGAAGAGGGAUAGGAAAUACAUUGGGUCAAGGUAUGUGGAGAUUUCCACAACAACAGCAGAUGAUUGGCGUCGGGCUACUGGUAAAAUGUCAAUGGCUACCAACAUGGGUAACAGCUUUGAAAGGGACAGAUCCCCUAUUCGCCAUCAGAGGAAUCCACAUCAUGCAAGGUCACAAUCACCUUUGGCUCCGAGGACCGUUGCUCCUCCCGAUGAGGAGUACUGUGUCUUGGUUGAAAAUCUGUCCUAUGCAGUGGAAAAACAAGACAUAAAAAGGCUUUUUCGUAACGCAAAGCUUGAGGAUGACCAGAUCCUGCACUUAAUUGGCAGUGAUGGGAGAAGAACGAGAUCUGCAUUCGUGCUUUUCAAGAGUCUGCGUGACUAUUGUGAUGCCUUAAGUCCUGAAAAAAGGCUUUUUUUGAACCGAUGGAUUUAUACCCGGCCAAUCUCAAGGGAGAAAAUGAUCACCCUUCUGGAAUCUCAAAGCAAUGAUGCUGGUCCUCCUAGAAACUCUGAAAUGUUUCAGGAGAGGCCUUCAUCUUAUCCCAGAGAGCAGCAUGACUCGGAGAAGACGUGCCUGUUUGUGAGGAACCUGCCAUUUGAUGUACGGAAAGUUGAGAUCAUGGACUUCUUCCAUGGGUUUAAUAUCACAGAGGACAAGGUGUGUGUGCUGCGCGACCAUGAAGGUGCUGGAGUUGGGAAGGCUUUGGUACACUUCCGGACGGAGGCGGAGGCUAUGAGGGCACUCUCUCUCAAUGGACAAAGGUUUCUUGGGUCAGAAGUCAUACUGAAAGCAAUUACACAUUCACAGAUGCGACAGUUGAGCGUUGAGCCACCAAUGGUGCAAGAGCCAUUUGUGCAAGAGCCACUGCAGAGAGAGGAGCGGUACUCGGGAAGGAGAGGUGAGGCGUCCUAUCGUGAGAUUGAGUACCCUGACUUUAGCAGUCCUCAAGACGGUAAUAUACCAAUGACCAAUGCACGGGCUGACAGCUUUGGAGGCGGUGAUUUUGAGCCUCAUGCAGGAGGCUCGUAUGCAUCACAAGACAGAGGUAAUGGCUUUCGUGGUGGCUUUGGUCCCUCUGUGCAGCACUUUGACACUCCCACCUGUGUACAGCUACUUAACUUGCCAUUCCAGAUCAGAAAUGAAGAAAUCUAUGACUUUUGCUAUGGAUAUCGCAUUAUCCCUGGCUCUGUCUCACUGCAGUACGAUCAAAGUGGAAAAUCUAAAGGCUCUGCGACUGCAGUAUUUGAGUCCCGUCAGGAGGCGUUGACAGCAAUUGAGGAACUGAGUGGAAGACCAAUAGGUCCAAGAAAAAUACAGCUACUGCUUGUGUAAAUGUCAUUGCUUUUCCUGACACCUAACAUGCCCUGGUAGUGUAGUUUGGACAAGAACACUGUUGAUUGAAGGGAAGUCACAACACCUGAUGUGAUCUAGUAGUGAGAUUUGAACAUUUAGUGUUGAUUGAAACAAAGUCCAUUUAAAGGAAGCAAUGGCCUUUCUUUCUUUUUUUAACAUGACCCUUUAUUUCUUUUUUUGUUUGUUUUGAUGCCCUUGCUUUGUACGAUUGUAAAUAGUUAAUUUGUGGCAUAUAGGUUUUCCCUAAUUGCACUUUUUAUUUAAAAUUGUGAUUAGGCAAUGUAGUCAGUUGCUUAAAUAUGGGUUUUGAAGCCAGUGCUCAUGUUAAAGUGAAUUCAAUUUUUUGUUUCCUCAUUGAAAUGUUUUUGUUCAGUUUGACUUGCAACACUGUGGAAAAAUGCGUGUAAAUUUCAAUUUACUGUGGUUGUUGUGAAGUGUUGUUUUUAUAAAAAUGCAUACCUUCGAA